AUGAAGAAGCCGGCCGCGAAAGGCAAAGCCAAGGCCAAGGCCAAGGGAAAGGCCGCGGCACCUGUGGAAGAGGAGGCGCAGGCAGCGCCCGAGGAGGAUCCCAAGGACGAGGAGGAGAUGCCGCCUGUGCUGAAGAAGCCGGCGGCGAAGAUCGCGGAGCCAGAUGCAGAGCCGGAGGAAACCAAGGCGGCGCCGGCUCCCAAAGCCAAAGGGAAAGCCAAGGCCAAGGCGAAGGCAGCGGCCAAGGACGAGAAGCCGGCAGAGAAGGAAGUCGAGGAAGAAGAGGAGGAGGACGAAGAGGAGGAAGACGAGGAAGAUGAGGAAGAGGCGGAAGAAGAAGAUGCAGAAGAUGAUGAGGAAGAAGAAGACGAGGAGAUGGAGGAGGCACCGGUGAUGAAGAAGCCGGCAGCGAAGGCAUCUGCCAAAGCGAAGGCCAAGGCCAAAGCUACUCCGAAGGCAGCCGUGAAGGCAAAGGCGAAGGCCAAAGCGAAGGCAAAGGCCAAGGCCAAGGCAGUGGCAAAGACCAAGGUUUUGAAAAGACCAGCUGCCCGGAAGUGA